CCGGCCAACAGAAUAAAGGUUUCUUCGUCAGUGAAAUUGCAUUAAUUACCAGCGAAAUUUUGGUUUAAGAAGCAACAAUCUUUCCAAAAUUCAUUUAAUCAUUCAUUUUCAAUUCUCAUUUUAUUUUUUUUAUUGAUUAAAAAUUUAAAAUCAUUUUCAUAAACGGUUUCGGAUUCAAUCAUAAAAGUGUCGAUUUUUCUUUUGUUUAUUCGUCCUUUUCAACAGAUCAGCAGCGUUGAUGUUAACCGAUAACAACCAUUCUUCUUUAAUAGCUUCAAAGACCGUUAACGACCACUAGUUUAUAUAUAUAUAUAUAGUUGGAUUGGAUGAUUUUUCAAUUUGGAUAAGGCACAGUAUCUAUAGAGUGUGUUCUUCUGCUUCCACCGGAGGUUCAAAAUGGCGGUGGCGUCGGCGCCGAAGGAGAUCAAGGCUUUGUUUGGAAAGUAUUCGGAGGAUGGAAUCAUGACCGCUGAUCAUCUCCGCUUGUUCCUUGUUGAGAUCCAAAAGGAAGAUAAGUCUACUAUAGAGGAAUCGAGGGCCAUUAUUGAUCAAUUUCACGAUGUCGCAAAAGGUCUCAGCUUGGAGGGUUUUUUUAAGUACCUCUUUGGCGAUAACAACCUUGCUCUCGAUCCUAAACGCGGGCAAAAUGGAUUUCCUGUUCAAGUUUUUUGCAUUUUCCGCCUUGUUUGGAUUAUUGAAGAUGUUAGUUGGUGGGCCUUCUUUUUAUGUGGUUUCCUCUUAUUUUUUCAAGUAGCAAAUUGGAACUUCUCAAUAUGAGGAAAGAAGGUCAUGGACUCAAGAUUUUGGAGUAUGAAGGUGUAAAGCACUUAAAAAAUAAUUUAAAUUUAAAAUUAAGGUUGCCACUCACUGUUUUGUUUCCAGAAAAAAAAUAAAAGUCAGAACGGGCAUUACUGACUGUUGAAUUUUGGAAUUUACUGCUCUUUUACUGAAUAGCUAUUGGAUGAGUAAAAUCCUGUAUUAUGCUUCAACGUGUUCUAAUAUUUGCUCAUGUACUUGACUCUGUUUAAUAUUUCUCUAUAAAUAUAGAUUUAUCUAUCA